AUGUCAAAAUCUUUUUAUAUCACUACCCCAAUUUUCUAUCCUAAUGACCGUUUGCAUUUGGGUCAUGCUUAUGUUAUGGUUCUGGCUGAUAUUAUUGCUCGCUAUAAAAAAAGUCAAGGUUAUGAGGUCUAUUUUCAGACUGGUAGCGACGAACAUGGGGAAAAAAUUGAAAAAAAGGCUAACUCGUUAGGGAUUCCUCCCCAAGAAUUAGUGGAUAAAAAUAUUUUGCUUUUUCAACAACUAUGGCGAGAAUUAGGUGUCUUUGAACACAUUUUUUAUCGCACUUCCUCUCUCGCUCAUAAAGAAAAAGUUCAAAAAAUUUUUACUGAGUUAUUAAACAAGGGUGACAUUUAUUUAGGUGAAUACCAAGGAAAGUAUUGUAUUGCUUGUGAAGACUAUGUGAGUGAUAGUAAAGUUAUCAAUGGUGACCUCUGCCCGACCCCUAAUUGCCAAGCCGAAUUACGAAAAAUUAAUGAACCAGCUUACUUUUUGCGAGUUAAAAAAAUGGUAAUUUAUGUUUGGUUUGAGGCUUUGCUUAAUUACCUUAAUUCCGAGCCAGGAGAAAAAUUUUUCCUUUCCGAAAUUUCUAGUGAAAAAAAGAUCAAUAACGCAAAAGAGGUCUCUUGUGUGGCUAUCCAAAACAAAAAUAAUGAUUAUCUUUUGGUUUAUAAUGAAAAAUACCAGCAUUGGCAAUUUCCCGGCGGUAAGUUAGAGAAGGGGGAAAAUGCCGAGGAAGCAGCCAAAAGAGAAAUAUUUGAGGAAACCAAUUUAGUAGUUGAGGAUUUAGAGAAAAUCGGUGAAGAGCAUUUUUACGUUAAUAAUAUUUGA